AUAAUGCUGUAUGAACAUUGUUAUCAUGUGAGAUGCCUGAAAAAAUCAAAAGGUUCUCAAAACACAGCAACUAAGCGAUUUCAUAUUUUAAAAAGGAGUCUUGCAAGUCCUUCCAGCAAAUGGUGAAAGAUUUGACCGAGGAGAUGCUUGGGCUGAAGGCAAACACCAUGCAGAAGGGUAGCAUCCAUCAGAAUGAGAUUGAGACCCUCCAGAAGAAGCUUGAGUCAAUGACCAUCAAGAUGGAGGAGAAGGAGACCGCUUUACUGCAGAAACUGGCUGAAGAAGAGGCCAGAACAGCCCAAGCAAAUGGGAAAUUCAUAGAGUAUAAAGACGACUUAAUCAAAGUCACUAAAGAGCGCCAACAUUUUCUGAAGAAUGAGAUUAGACAUUUUCAGGGCAGAGCACAGGAUAAUUUGAUGGCUUAUCGAGACGCUGAGAAUCAGCUAGCCAGGAAAAGGAGAAAGACAGCUGACCUGCAAAGAAGGCUGGAUGCACUGAAUGAAAAGUUGGCUCAGUGUUCCCAGACAUCUUAUUGGGCACUAGAUGCCACUGCUCAGGGAGGUGUUCAGUAUAAUUCAGAAAGAUCGGAAAGGGCUGCAGCUCUUGGUCCCUGCAGAAGAUAUUAUGCUAAGUCCGCUGCAAAAAUGCUAGCAUGGGAGCAGGGCACGCCCCCUGAACAGCCUACGCCCCUUGUAGCAGCUCUUCUACCACAAGUCAACAGGAAGCCAGCUAGACCAAUAGCAGCCAUUUCAGAUGAGACAAUUCAGGCCAUAACAGUUGAGGUCUUUGUCAACCGACAAAUUGAAAAGCUGUAUGACACCCGGAUCUACCCUGUUCCUGCCUCCUUCCUGAUGGGCAUUGCACCCGAUCCCUACCCUGAACCUUGCGGGUAG